AUGUCGGGCGGCUUCUUUGGCUUCGACACGGCCCUUCCUGGGCGUGACAACGCUCCGUCCGCCUCCGCUCCCGGCGGCACCGUUCACGGCUUCCAGGCGCGUGCCGAUGCCGACUCGUUCCUUGGCGGCGGCGGUCUCGGCGGCGCUGGCGAGGAGGAGGACCUUGCCGUUUACAACUGGGGCGAGGGCAUGGACACUGGCCUUCUUGAGGGCGGCGAUGACUUCAACGACGAGACCUUUGGCGACGUCGGUGACUUCAGCCAGGACUUCCAGUUCUCGUCGCAACCUGCGCCUACCCCGGCCUACCGCCAGCAGCCCCGUGGACCCAUUGCCUCUACCAAGAGCCACUUCCACCCCAAGGCUCAGGUGGACCUCUUUGCUGCCACCGAGGACGACUUCUACUCGUCCAGGCCUUCCACGAAGAAGUCUACCAAGCAAAACAAGAAGAAGGAGCCUGAGCCUCUCUGGGCCAAGGCAUCGCCUGCCAACCAGUGGGGUGCUUCCCCCGUGGCGCAGCCGCGCACGCCGACCCAGCAGCCCGCCCCCGCUGCCCGUCCUCCACCUGGCCAGAUCCUGUCGCUUGAUGAGAUUGAGGCAGACCUUGCGCGUACCAACAUCAACGUCCCGACUCCCCCUCCUGUUCAGCAGCAGCAGCAGCAGCCGCGUGUGCUGACUCUUGAGGAGAUUGAGAGCCAGAUGGUUGCCGGCACGCCUCCCCCUGUGGCCCACCAACCUCCUCAGGCCCAGCACCAGCAGCACGCUUCUCAGCACUCGAUCCACGUCCCCACUCCUCCUCAGCGCAACACUCCUCCCGUGUCUGCUGGCCUCAAUGGAUCCGGCCACUCGCAGCAACAGCAGGCUCUGCUUGACCAGAUGUUCCCCGAUCUUGGCUCAGUCCCCGCUCCCCAGCAGCAGCAGCAGGUUCCCGGCGGUCAGCAGGCCAUGGCGCCUUCGGGCCCCCACCAGCCCAGCCCUGAGGAGAUGGCGCACAUGGAGGAGCUUCACCGUCGUAUCGCCGGCAAGAUUGAGGCCAUGUCCAAGCACAACAACCUCAUGGGUAAUUCCGACAAGGACUUUAUCACGCGUAUCCAGCUCUCGCAGCUGGCCACGGCCGACCCUUACUCGUCCGACUUUUACGCCCAGGUCUACUCGGCUCUCAUCCGUCGCCAGCAGGCCGCGGACGGCCAAGGACCCACUGUCGUGCAGGUCGCUCCCGGUCUCGGCUUCGGUGUCGGUGCUCCCACCGGUAACCGUUUCGGCAAGAUGGGGACUGCGUCGAUGCAGCGUCUCACCACUCAGGUGAAGAAGCUUGUGUCGACCACUGCCAAGCGCCAGCAGAGCAACAUGUCCAACGACGCUCUGCAGGGUGCUCUUGGGCGUGUGCCGCGCGCUCGUAGCCAGGUCGCCCCUCGCCAGGUCCUUGCUGUUCCCGCCGCGACCAAGACCAAGCACCAGCCCAUCAACCAGCUCAACCAGAGCACUGGCCCGACCCGUCCUGCCCUCACUCGCAAGCAGGUCAUGUUUGCCCUUGAGGAGCUGUACGAUGACGUCCUCGAGAUUGAGCAGAUGCGCCGUGACGCCCCUCCCCCUACCGACGUGCCCGCUGUCGAGGCGUGGAACGCCGCCUGCGUUGCCAAGGUUGACGAGAUGUGGAACACUCUCAUGGUCAUGGAGCCUCUUGGCGUGUCCAACCCCCACCCGUUCAUCUCCCUCAUGAACCCUCUCAAGGGCCAGCGUCUUUUCCCUCGCCUCCUCCGCCACCUCCCCCAGCAGCAGUGUCUCACUCUGCUCACCCUCCUGAUCGCGACCUACCCCCAGCUCGACGUUGUCUCGCGCGCUCCCCCUCCUCCCGUCGCCGACUCGUCACUCCUCACCAAGGCCGACCGCCUCGACCGUGCGCGCCGCGAGGCCGAGACGGACAGCUUCCUCCACCACGUUAUCCCGGGAGUGGACGCCAUCAUCAACCAGUGCAACCUCGGCCUCGUCUCGGGUCUCCUUGGCAUCUGUUCGCAGCGCAUGGAGGUCUGGAAGGUCGGCGCCACCCGCCCCGGUGUUGCCCUCUUCACUGCCCUCCUGUCCAAGGCACAGUCGCUCGUCCGUGCGCCCCAGGACCCCAACCACCCCGAGGCCCAGCAGGACCCCGCCGAGCUCGAGCAGUGGCACAAGAUGUUCGACUACUUUUUGCAGAUCAUCCUCCCGCACCUGCCCGAGCUCUUCCCGUCCACCCAGGCGCAAAAAGUCGCGUUCGGCCCCGGUGCCUACCUUAUCGGCGCCGACGCCGCCGGCGCCAACCAGUUCAACGAAAAGGAAGGACUGGAGAUUGAGCGCCGCGAAGCCGAGGUGUGGGGUCUUGCCGCUGCCUUGGCCGUCAACGCGCCCGAGGACCAGCAGACCAACCUCGUGGCGGCGCUGCGCGAGAACAUUCUGCACUCUGUCACGGCGGCGCGCGACUCGCACACGCCGCGCGCCCGCGCCGAGAUGAAGCUGCGCAACGUCAACAUGUUCCUGCAUGGCCUGGGCCUCGACGCGAGCAUGGUGCCGACUUAG